AAUGAUAAAAAGAAUGCCAACCACAGAUAACGACACUAUUAUUGAGUAUCGCUUGUUCAUGUUAGAAGAAGAAGUACAAGCUCUAUGCCAAAGGCUAUAUGAAAUUCUAAUGUUUGCGCUUUUGAAGUGUUGUGCAUGUAUUAAGCAUGCAAGCUUGUAUUACGGAAGUAAAUAUGCGGAAGUUAUUAAACCAAACUAUUUUUAGUUCAAUUUAUAAUGACGCAGUAGAGUAUCAAUUUCAAAUCGAAAAUGACAAUUAUCACGCACGAUAUUGAACGAAGAGUAUUAAAGAGAGGUCAAGGGCAUUUGACAAUUCAAAUUGAAAAGGACACAGAAAAUCAAAUGAAACCUAGCAGAACAUGUCAAAGCGAAUGUGAGAAAUUAAUCCUUUGGUAGAAAUCAAGCCAGGCCAGCCCUGAGACUCAUGUACGUGCAAAGCUCGUAGCAAAUAGGAUCACUAAAAACAUCAUCUACGAAUUCGUAUCAAUGAUCAGAGGCUAAGCGUAUUUGGUGAACGUAAAUCCUCACCCGUUGACGCCAUCUCAAUCUGAAACUCCACAGGCUUUAUCUUUUUGGAGAACGAUUUAUAACGAAGUCCCCGAUUUAAAACGUUCCUGAUGUCUGGUUUGGCAAUUGAUGGCUUCCUUGCAAAGUGUUUACAAGCAACGUGUCAUUAUACUAGUCUGGAGCCUAGUAGAGGUUAUGCUUUUAUCGGCUGUCAUUUUUGGUUGGGCCUCUCUUGUAGUGGUCUUAAAGAAAGAGGGCUUUUUUCGCGACUUGUGCCCGCCCAAGCACGAAGGAAACGUGACUUCCCAUAAUGACUAUUGCAUCAAGCAGGACAAACGGUUGAAUUUGGUCUUUCUGAUCGGUGUUAUCUCGUUAGCUUGGGGUGCGUUUGUUUCCGGGGCCUUUCUGGAUCGUUUCGGACCAAGAAAAACAAGACUUCUUUCAAGUUUCCUUUUCGGGUUGACUUUCCUGUUCUUUGUGCUGGCAGACAAAGACAGGCCAAAUUUGAUUUUUCCUGGGAUUCUGACCCUGUCAGCGGCUGGACUCACCCUAUUACUGACCAUUUUUCAGGUUGCAAAUAUGUUUGAAAAAUGGAAGUCUUCAGUCAUAAGUGUGUUUAAUGGAGCAGUAGAUUCAUCAGCAAUCGUACUACUGUUUUUCAAGUUGGUGUACGAUGCUGGUGUUCCAUUACGGUCGAUCAAUAUAUUUUUUUACAUUUUCGCCAUUGUUGCCAUCCUUAUCUUCACAUUUAUUCUACCUUCUUUUACAAUCACCUCUGAGAGAAUUCGUGAAAUCAAUGGUUCGGAGAAUCCAGAGUCCUCUCAUGACAAUAUUCAUUCCACACACGAAACCGUAGACAAGCCACUUGUACAAGGUGAUCAAGCAAACGGAACAAAUAGAAUAAUUAGGGAAUCGGAGUCGAAUUCGAUAGGAAAGACUCCUGAAAAGAAUGGAAAGGUGGAGCAGGAAGCUGAUUCACAGUUGUCUCCACUUUUUCAAUCAGAAGAAUACGAAGACGAUGAAAUCAAAGAUAAAAAGGACGGUGGUGGAACUAGCCCAGAUUCUACGCCCCGAUUGAUAAGCUUGAUGUUAACCUCCGAGUAUAUCCACACGACGUUUUUUCUUAGUUUGUGUAACCUUCGUUUGUGGUUUUACGUCGGUUACUUAAACUCGUAUUUGGAAUUCAUGUCUGACAAUGACCAUGAUACAGUAAGUCACUACACGAACUGGUUUGGGAUCGCGCAGUUUUCCGGUUUUGUUUUCGCGCCUAUCGUUGGUAUUGUCAUGGAUUGGAAACCGAAAGGAAAGCGAAAUCAGAAAACUGAUUUGGGUUUUGUUGUUGGGUUUUUUCUCACCUCAUUCACCGCUUUCGUUUUAAAUAUUUUGGUUCUUGUCCCUGACCUUUCUGUGCAGUAUGCGUCUUUCGUCGUUCAAGUUGUUCUAAGAGCCUUCGUCUACACUGUCUAUUCAGCGUUUCUCUUACACAAAUUUCCAUUGUCGCAAUUUGGAAAAUUAUACGGCGCAGGCCAUCUGAUAUCAGCAGUAAUAGGUUCUAUACAGUAUGGUCUGUUUACGAUUUCCGAAGAUACCCUUGAGAAAGAUCCAUUUUGGGUGAAUGUUGGUUUUCUAGUGUCUUGUUUGUAUCUGAAUGUUCUUCCAAUCCUCUUGUGGUUUAAGGAAAGGAAAGCGGAACAACUGCAAAAACGUAAUGGCGAAAAACGUAUAGUAAUUACGUAACAAUACUAUCUAUGCAAGCCGGUGGUGAAGGGAGGGAGUUAGAAGAGUUGGAAUGGUGAAUGCUACAUGGUCGCAUUUACACCCUGUAGCUUCGGAACGAGGAAUUUUCGUGUCCGAGAUUGAUUAGAAAGUGUUGAUUGAAAGGAAUGUCUUAUGGUCUGGGUUAUUACGGUUCUAAAAUUAGUGUCGGUUUUUUAAACGUUCCCGUAUGCACGAUUUUGAGUGCAUUGUUAAAAUACGUAAAUUUUUACCUUCAUAAAAGCAUGCAUAUUGUUAAUAGUAUGCAUUCUGCCUCUGUCCAUGGGCUAUUAUCACACGAUGCGCGUUUUUACUCUUUGCAUCGUUUGGUUGUGCCAUAUACAAGAUGCAAUUUAGAGAAUGUGCACGUGUUAGAAUACGAAUCAUGCAUGCGUAUAACGAAACACGUUGCGCUGUGUAAAAAACAAUACGUUUAGACACGGUUCUAAAGUUCGGACUAACAGAAAACACUUAGGAAAUUAGUUAAUCACAUUUUCCCUAAAAUUUAUUUACGAAUCUCUUAGAUUGUCAUAUUUACAAUUUCUUUUCAUGUUGAAACAUGCCAUAUGGCAUAGUACAGUUCCAUUUUUCUGUUCCUCCAUAUUUUACAACCGCAAUCUAUAACAAUACCAUCAUCAGCGCGAAUAAAACUCUCAACUUAAACUUACGAAACAAUACAUAUAGUGAACAUAUGUUGACGAUUGGUCUGGUUCAUAUUCAGACGAUAUUAAACUAUAUGGCUCAUAGGCAUGUGUAGAAGAACGUAAGCGCGAGACUUUUACGCAUGCGUACGUGGCUGCAUAUAAUUUCGUAUGACAUUCCUAUGGUUUUUUACAUUCUUGGAUCAUUCAGGCAAUGAAAAGCCAAAAGAGAAAAGCGAGUGCCACCCAAAGGAAUAUUUUUGAAAGAAAUUGUUCCUGCGCUUCCUGAGGUGAUCCGGGAGCCGGAGCUGAAAAAAUAUCGAGAAUUACUAUAGACAAUAUAUAUAAUAAUAUAUAGGGGGCGGUUGUGUCAAGCCCGUUUAUGGUUUAGCUUACACGGUGGAUAAGUCAAGAUUAAAAUAACACUCUUAGAUCUCUCUUGAAUGAGUCAACUUGAAUUUUAUGCACUGAAUAUGAUGUAGUUGUAAACAGUAUCUUUGUAUUAUGGUUGAAAACAUUUACUUUGCUUGUUCAAUAAAACGAUAGACUUGCUUUCUAUUUUGAACUUAACCACCGUUUAAGCUAAAUGGGCUUGACACAUCCGGCCGCAGAAGUUCAAGUUUACGAAUGAGCUUAUGUUCAACUUUCCUGAGUGCUUGACGUGCUGAUUAAACAGCAGAUGGACAUGCGAUGAUAAUAUGUGACAAAUAUCUAAUCCGUAGUCUUGACUCUUGAUAAGAAGACUUAAACUUACCCUGUCCAAAACCACCGACAUUCUAAGAUAAAGCAAAGAAAAAUAACAUAUUUUAUUAUUGUU